AUGUUUAGUACAUUCGCUGAUGUAUUUGGUUCGGAUGAAAAUGAUACAAAAAAAUUAAAUGGUACAAAAAAUCCAUUCGAUACAUUAUCAACAACAGUCGAUCCAUUCGGUAUAUCAAGUGAUAUGAAAUUAUCUGCAUCUUCACAAAAAUUUGAUGAUAGUCCAUUUAUAAUUGAAACGAACAAUGAACAAUUUAAUCGAUCUCGUAGUGGAAAAGAUGCAUUAUCAUCAUUAAAUUGGAAUGCAUAUCAAAAUUCAACAACUGAAUCAAAUGUAGAUCAAUCAACAACAUUUGAUCCAUUAGAAGAUCCACAAGAUAAAACAACAAGGUUAUCUAUUAAUAAUAAUAAUAAUAAUAAUAUAACACAUUCAAAAAGUAUAAAUCUUAUAAAUCCAUUUUCAAUUCCAACCAUUUCAAAUCAAACAUCAACAGCACCUAUUCAAGCAUCACCAAUUGAUCUUUUAUUUGAUAUUAAUAUUGAUCCAAGUACAUUACCAACGAUAAAUUCAGAUAAUAAUUCAUUAAUACAUUCUGAUCAAGUACAAUCAUCAUACGAUCUUCUUGGUCUUAAUCAACAAACAAAUCCAUUACCAUCAGUUAAACUUUUAAAAAGUGAUAGUUUAACUGAUAUACCAAAAAUAAAUCAAACAAAAAAAUCAUCACCAUCAUCACUAAUGGCUAAAACAAAUAUUCAUACAGCAUCAUCAUAUCAUUCAUUACCAACAGAUGCUCCACCAACAUCACCAACUACAUUACGUGUUCAAGCAACAGCAUUAACAAUAAUGACAGGUACAACAUCAACAACACCAUAUGAUGAUCAGUUUCUUGAUUGGUUAACACAGUCUGAUGAUUUAAUGUGUAGUAUGGAUCCAAAAUUAAGUGGACAAUCAAAAAAAAUGGAUAUUAAUAUGUUAAAAAGUACUGAAGAUCUUCUAGGAAGUAUUUAUAAACAAUCAUUACAAACAUUAACAACUGUUCAAGAAGCAUCACAAGAAUCAGUUGGAUCUCCACCUUUUACCAGUCCUAUACAACUUACACGUCGUGCAUCGAAUGAAGAAGUUCCAUCAAUAUGUAUUCAUGAACCAACAAGUGAUCAUAAUGAUAGCAAUAUUGUUCCACAAGGAUAUUUUGAUAAUAAAAAAGAAAAAGAUAAUGAUUCUGAUGAUUCUGAUAAUUCAAAAAUGGUUUUUAAAAUUGGAGAAAAAAAACAUACAUCUAUUCAUGAUAGAAAUAUACCUGUACCAUUAUUACCACCACCACCAUCAUCAUCAACAACAACAUCAAAAAAAUAUAAAGAAGCUAGUGAUGAUGCUAGUUCAUCAUCAACAGCAACAGAUAAUGAAGAUGACAAUGAUCCAUUAGCUAUAUUUCGUUCAAAAUCUCAAAAAAAGAAAACAAAUCAACAACCUGGUAAAAAUCUUAUUGCUGAUUGGGAUGAAGAGGAAAAUACAAAUAAUAAUCAAGAAAAUGCGACGAAGAUUAAUCCCGAAGAAGAUAGGCAACAGAAAGCCCAGCCAGUACCAGUAGAUUAUUAUAUACAUGAACCAGAUUCUGAUGAUAGCGCACCAUUAGAGGCGUAUCAUAAUGAUAUCAAUGAAUUGCAAUUACAACAACUUAAUGGAUGGUUAUUACAAAUUCGUGUGCCAUUAAGACAAAAAGAUCUAUAUAAGAGCACUUUUCAAAGAUUUAGUGAAACACGUAAGAAACAUUGUAUUAUGCUUUAUACUGAAAAAAAAAAUUUUCUUUCAGGUAAUUGGCAAGAAUGUUAUGUAAGAAUAUCAUUUGAUGAGAAAAAAUUACGUUUUCACUUACCUCAAACUAUUGAACAAACGUUUGCAGAAAUUGAAUUACAAACAUGGUAUCAAUGUACAAAAUUUAAUCUUCAACAAUAUGAUCAAUAUACUAAAAUUCAUACAUUUAAAAUAUUUGAAGCUAAUUAUAGAGAAAUUCCUCAAGUUCGUAUUGAUCGUCUUGUAACAUUACCAGAAAAAUUAUUAAGAAAGUUUACUCGACCAAAUAAAGCUCAACAAGUUUUACUUGAUCAUGCUAAUUGUGUUCAACAAGAAAUUGUUAAAUUUGGUCAAUUAAAUUAUACAUAUUUAAAACAAUUUUCAAUUAUAUUAGAUGAUUUAUUUUGGUCAAUGCCUGUUACACGUAGUCGUUUACAAAAACAUUUGAAAGAAGAAGUUACUGUUAAAAUCUUAGAUGAAUAUUAUGCACAUAUUGACAAAUAUCGUCAUAUAUGUAAACAUAAAUCUCGUACACGUUUAUUUAUUUUAGCUUUUUUAAAUGGUUAUACACCAACUGUUGAAAUAGGUAUGAAUGAUUGGUUUCGUCAUGGUAAAGAAGUUAAUAAACGUAAUGAAAUAAUUAUUAAUAAAACAUUACAAGAAUAUUGGAUUAAACCUGAACAAGUUGAAUUAGCAUCAAUUAUUGAUGCUAAUGAAUAUGAAAAUACACAUUUACUUAAAUUAGUACCACCAGAUAGUCAAAAAAUUGAAAUUAUGCGUUUUCGUACAAGACCUAAACAAAAUAUUGAACUACCAUUGCAGGUGUAUUGUUUUAUGUCGGUUAUUGAACGUCAAGUAAAUGUACGAAUUGAAGUUAUUGUAUCAAAUGCAUUUAAUAUAAGUUUAUUAUCAAAAGCAUCAGCAAUGGCAACAAAUGAUAAAACAGCUAAUAUACGUGAUGAUAAUAGUGACGAUCAAUGUCCAUGUGAAAAUAUUCAAAUACGUUUUCCAGUACCCGAUCCAUGGGUUUAUAUGUUUCGAGUUGAAAAACGUUUUCGUUAUGGAGCUAUACAUAGUGUUCGUCGUAAAGCAGGAAAAAUAAAGGGUCUUGAUCGUUUUAUGCUUCAUCGUGGUGAUCCACUGGUUGCAUUAAUGGCAGCUUCAGUUGGUGUAGCAAAAUAUGAACAAGCAUUUCGUUCAAUUGUUUGGCGUAUAGAUCAAUUACCAAAACGCGAUCAAGGUGCUUAUAAAACGCAUGUAUUCGAAUGUAAAUUAUCAGUACCAUCAUAUGAUCCAAUGCCAGAAAAAUUUGAACCGACAGCUGAUGUUGAAUAUUCAAUGUCACAAGCAUUUAUUUCACAUUGUCAAAUUCGUUCCGUUGCUGUACCAGAAGCUGAAGAAACACCAGAAAAAUGGAUACGUCCAAAAAGUCAUUUUAGUUAUACAAUUGACAUCGAAUAUGCAUUUAAAGAAGAAGAAAAAAAAGAAUUUGCACCUGUUGAAAUUGAUAUGAAAGAACAAUCAAUGUCACAGAGUGAAACAGAAAAUAAUUCACAUUCCGAUGAGAGUGAUUGA